AUGGACGACUUCUACCCUUACUCCAACUUUAACGCUGGUCACUCUCACAACGCCUCCGGCAUCGGGGACGGCCAGUACAAAGAUGGUACAUUCGAAGAACUUUUUGUGAACACGCGCAACACAGGAAACACAACGGCUGCAGAGGCUGGUCCGGUGACUGUCCCCGGCUUUACUGCCUUCACGAACGGCGUCCCGGACACGAAUGUAGCAACACCGUUUGACGUCGCGGAAUAUCAGGUCGCCGCGCCCACACCGGUCGCCUUGAACGCCUUGACUGCCUUGGCCGCCUUGGCCGCCUGGCCCUUUAGGCCGCCGUCACUUUCGAGCGUCGCAGCCUUCAACAUCUAUCUCCGCACCCACCCAUUGGGUAGACCAAUGAGCCCCCAUCCCUUCGGCACUUACGGCGCGUCGACGAACGUCAACGGCCACGGCGGUCCGGUCUUCCUGAGCGAUCCUCACACUUCUCCGCCUUCCGAAUCCCAGCGUGUUACAUUGUCGGGGCCAGGCGAGUCCUUCGCUCACGAGGCCGCGGCGUACCCACCAGCCUCCGUCCCGACCACAGUCGCGCUCUCCCUUCCUCCGCCCAUGGCGUCCCUUCUGGACGACGCCAACGGCCUCGGGCUCGGCGGUCCCUACGAUGCGCCACAGAAUACCGGCGGCCACGACGUUCCGGUCCUCCCAGACGGUUUCAACACCUUCGCUCCUUCCGACAUCCAGCCUUUUCCCAUGCCGGCGCCAAACAUAUCCUUCGCUAACGAAAUCGUGCCGCCCCAACCUGCGUUUCCGAGUGUCGUCGCGCCGUCGCUGCCAUCGACCCUCGUGGGCUACCCCUUCCCGCUUGGUGGCUCCAUGAUCCCACAGCCCUUUGGCGCUUACGGCGGGCCGCCGAACACCAGUGGCCAUAACGCCCUGUUCAACGCGGACGCUCUCUACAACCUCCCUCCUCCCAAUUUCCACCCUGGUGCGGCGCAGGAGCAAGGUGCGUUGUUCCCUCUCCAAGCCGCCAAGGCCCAUGCUGAUCGUUUCCAAUCAGCUCCCCGCCACACCCACCACCACUUUUCGGUGAACGCGCGCCACGCGCCGUACAACACCGAAAUGCCUCAGGCUAACGCUCCCAGCGUAGGCCUGAGUGCGAACCACUCAGCAUCAACCAGCACCGCCCACAUGGGAGGUGCCCACGCGAGCGACACAGGCGGAGCAGAGCAGUCGCUCCUCCAGGCACAGCUGGCCGAACAUCGCCGGGCCAUCCGAAGUGACCCUAUUAACUGGGAGGUGGCCGACGACGUGCCUGAAGAUAUCCUCGUGUGCGAAUAUCGGCGCUGCACGGCAACCCGGCGACCUCUAUGGAAUGGCAGGUACCGUCAGUGGAAGUUGUCUGAGCUCCAGCGCUACAUCACCCACGUCGAUACACAUCGUCCUAAGGGCCAGAAGCUCAUCACGUACACGUGCGCCGCCUGCCGCACGACAUUCACCAGAAAGGACGCCUUGCAUCGCCAUGAGUCUGAGACGUGCCCGGGGCCCAUGAACCUCAACCCGGACGAAGGGGACGAGGAAGGUGGCGCGGGCGCUGGAUCUGGAAACGCGCAGGCGGGACCGUCCCGCUUGACCGCGUCCUGA